CGGAAGGUGUAAUGGGGUAUCCCCGUAAGAUCAAAGCAGAUCAAAGCAGAUCAAACUAGCAGACGUCAGACCUACCGUAGCUGCCUCCAAGUUCAACAAUAAUUGACGAUAGCUGGGCAAUUCUUGAAUAUACAAAUCAAAGCAGAUCAAACUGGCAGACCUACCGUAGCUGCCUCCAAGUUCAACAAUAAUUGACGAUAGCUGGGCAAUUCUUGAAUAUACAAGCAGGGUCCAGUAUUUCCUCUUUGAUGUAUACCAUUCAGAACGUAAUAUGCUUAAAUAUAUUAGAAUUUCGGUGACAUUUAUUGUCACCGCUGCCAGUCUUGUAUUCAUGGUGCCCGCCGCCUGUAGCUCUCCUGUUCCACCUAGAAAUAUUUCACAGGUUGAGCAGACUGCAGAGACCAAGGACCCUGGAGAUUCAUGUUUAUGGAAUCAGUUCGUAAACCCAAAUCUUACUUGUGAGAACUGUACGUUCUGUCCCCAGGGCACAGAACAUUCCCCCAACGAACAAUGCGGCUAUGGUUCAGGAACUAAAACAACCUGUACACCAUGUGCAGAACGUUUUUUUCAGAUGGGGGAAGGCUAUACAGGCCUUGUAUGCCGCCGCUGUGUGACAUGUUAUCCGGGUGUCGAGUACCUUCAGAACUGUACAACUACACAGGAUGCAGAAUGCGGUCCAUGUCCACCUGGAGAGUAUUACUUAUCUCCGAACAUAUGCUUUGAAUGUAAGCAUGACCCAUCCCACGCUGACUGUCCGCAACCUCCCAUUAUAAAGCCCAGCACUGCCUCACCCAAUCAAUCAGCACCCACACUACCUUCAUCGGUUCCAUUGCCUGAGUCAACCGCACCUGUAAUUUAUACAACUCCACCACCUUUGUCAUCACAGGCACACAACACUUCUAAUAACUUUGAUGCUAAUGGACAUGUAUUACCCAGUAAAUCACCUGAGGAAUCUGGACCACUUAUCCCUACACCAGCCCCUGCAAAUGCAACGCCAGCCCCUGCCGGUGCUACGCCAGCCCCUGCCGGUGCUACGCCAGCCCCUGCCGGUGCUACGCCAGCCCCUGCCGGUGCAACGCCAGCCCCUGCCGGUGCUACGUCAGCUCCAGCCGGUGCUACGCCAGUCCCUGCCGGUGCUACGCCAGCUCCUGCAAAUGCUACACCAGCCCCUGCCGGUGCUACACCAGCCUGUGCCAUUGCUACACCAGCCCCUGCCAUUGCUACACCAGCACCUGUCAGUGAUCUUCUCCAAGGGGCUAGUAAUCCUGGCGAUCAACCUGCUGCAUCCCUACCAACCGAUGUCUCCAACACCGAAACAUCAUUACCAGGGGCUUUGUGUAGUGAUGAAGCCCAAGGUGGUGGUCACGAUGCAUGGUACCAUCCAAAUCAUGUCCCAGGGUCACCAGAUUCAGCAAAGGACAAUUUUGUAUUUGAGUAUGAUGAUGGUAGUAUGUCCCUUCCUAAGCCUCUCGUGUCUAAUGAAGAAGCUUUGACUCCAUGUUCAGAAUACCAUGAUUAA